UCAUAUUUAUAAGAGCCAGCAAAAGGCUGCUCUCUUCUUUUUUGUUUGUUCGGAUAUUCUAUUCUGCUUCUUCGGAUCUAUGCUUCAAAUCUUAUCUACAAAACAACUCACCACUCGAUUCAUUCAUACAGCAUCUGGAGAAGCUUCUCAAGGGAUGAUAAUUGGUUGUAUACAUUCUUCUUUCUGGAGUGUUUCAAGUUUUGCAGCUUCAAAUGUAUUAGGUGGACUAACAAGGAAGCACAUCACACUUUUCACUGGCUGUCCAUUGCCACGGGAUCGUUUCACUACCUCCGUUCAAGGGGCUCGAAUUCUAAACAAGAAAGAGAUGGCAGUUAGACAGGCAUCAUUAGGUGGGGUGGAUGUGGAUUUAGAAACAAAGACAAAUGUAGAAAAGCUGAAAAGAGGAAUUGCAGAGUUCUAUGACGAGUCAUCGGGAAUAUGGGAGGACAUCUGGGGAGACCAUAUGCAUCAUGGGUUCUAUGACCCUAACUCCACCGUCUCCCUAUCUGAUCAUCGUGCUGCUCAGGUUCGGAUGAUUGAGGAGGCCCUUAAAUUUGCCUCAGUUCCAGAGGAUCCAAUGAAGAAACCAAAAAGCAUUGUUGAUGUUGGAUGUGGUAUAGGUGGCAGUUCUCAGUACCUAGCAAGGAAAUAUGGUACUGAAUGUACGGGUAUCACCCUAAGCCCUGUGCAAGCGGAAAGAGCUCAAGCUCUUGCUGCUGCACAAGGACUAGAAAACAAGGUUUCCUUUGAAGUUGCAGAUGCCUUAAAUCAACCAUUUCCAGAUGGGAAAUUUGAUUUGGUGUGGUCUAUGGAGAGUGGGGAACACAUGCCAGAGAAGGCAAAGUUUGUUAACGAGUUAGCUCGGGUUGCGGCCCCUGGUGCAAGGAUAAUCAUUGUUACAUGGUGCCAUAGGAAUCUUUCCUCCUCUGAACAGUCACUAAAUCCAGAUGAGAAAAAGCUGCUAGACAAGAUAUGUGAUGCAUAUUAUCUUCCAACAUGGUGUUCCACAGAUGAUUAUGUGAAGUUGUUGCAGUCCCUCUCUCUUCAGGAUAUCAAGGCUGCAGAUUGGUCUGAAUAUGUUGCACCAUUUUGGCCAGCAGUAAUAAGAUCGGCAUUGACAUGGAAGGGGAUAACAUCACUGAUACUGAGUGGAUGGAAGACCAUAAAAGGAGCAAUGGUUAUGCCAUUAAUGAUGAAAGGAUAUAAGAAAGGUUUGAUUAAAUUCGCAAUUAUAACAUGUCGGAAGCCAGAAUAAACAAGAAAGCCAUCCAGUUUGUCUGUGAUUCGUAGGAUUUCUCAUUUCCAAUGAUGUCAUUGAUGUGAGAGCAUGCUAUGUCUGUUUGACUGCUCAUUCAGCCUGUUGUGUAUGAAAUAUUUUGUGAUGUUCAUCCAACUAUAUUUAGUUCACUUGAUGAAGAUUUUGGAUGUACGGUGGAAAUUCCUAUAUGUUCAUGCAAAUUGCUUUGGCCCUGAUGGAAGUUUGCUGAAAGAGAAAAGCUAUAAACUUGAAA